AUGGACAUACAAAAUAAUUCACAGAAAGAAACUAACAAAAAAGAGGUAAACAAGUGCAUCAAUGCUAGCGGUAGUAGUAUUACUACAGUUGUCAAUUGUAGUAAAAAUGGCACAUCAUGUUUUAAGAUAGACAGUAGAAAUGAUAAAGAAGAAAGAAGCAACAACAGUAAGAUAGACGACAAAAAGGACAAGAAAGAUAAUAAUGAUAGCGGAAGUACUAAUGUGAUCUGUGGGAAUAAUACCAUAAGUACUAACAUUAGCAGUAGAAAUAACACAAGUAGUAACAGUAUCAGACAAAAUAACAACUAUAAGGGAAAUGAAGCUAAUAAUUCAAUGGAUUUGAAAAGCAUUAAAAAGGACAACAUCAUUAACAGUAAAUAUAAAGCUCAAAAUAAAGAAAACUACGAUAAGUGCUACUAUAAUCAUAGUAACUAUAGUAAUAAUAAUAGUAAUAAUAAUUAUUAUUAUUAUAAUAAUAGUAAAAAAGUGAAUUAUACCAAUUUUUGGUCGACCAAAAGUUACAGUUAUGAACAUUUUUCCCCUACGAAUUGUACGUAUUUUAAAAAGAGGAUAACAAAAAUUGAUAAGAAUGUAAAGAAGGAUGAUAUGAAUAAUAAGGAAAAGGUUAAGUCAAGCGAACAAGAAAAAAAAAAAAAUGUAAAUAAUAUUGUUUCUUUGAGUAAAGCUGAAAAUGGUAAAGAAGCAGAUACGAAUAAUAUAAACAAAAAUGAGCAAGUUGUUGAUAAAAAUGUGUGUAACGAAACUAACACGAAAAAAAAGAAGGGGAAAAAAAAAAGAAAAAAAGGGAAGGAUAACGAGAAACAGAACAAAAAAGAGAACGAAAAAGAGAAGGAGACAAAGAAGGAGACAAAGAAGGAGACAGAGAAGGAGACAGAGAAGGAGAUAGAAAAGGAGAAAAGGAAAGAAAAAGCGACGGAAAAAGGAAAAAAUAAUAAUCAACUCAUCGAAAGUACUAAACAAGUUUGCAAAGAUGUAAACAUAAGCAUUGGAAAUAUCAAUAAUAUUACAGAAGUUCGCAGUGAUAUUAUGAACGAAAAUGCAAGUAUUACCACCGCAAUUAGUAGUAAUGCUGAUAGUAAAAUUAAAAAAAAAAAAAAAAAAAAAAAAAAAAGGAAAAAAAAAGGAACUGUCCUGGAAAAUGUUAGCGGAACCAACUUGUGCAAUGGUAUAACUGUUGAUGCAAAAAAGGAGGAAAACAAAGUAUCGAAAAUGUGUCAAAAUUUGAAAAAAGGAAUAAUAAAAAAUAGGGAAAUAAAUUCUUUUAAAAAUAAAAGUGAACAUUAUACCAAGGGCGCAAAUAUUAAUUAUCAAACAUAUAAUAUAGUAAGUGGUAAUAUAAAUAAAGAAAAAAAUGAAAAUUUCGGAAAAACAAUUCGUGGAGGCAAUAAUAUAUAUAGAUCUUACUCCAAAAAGUUAAAUAACAACUUCUGCAGGAAUGUAAACACAAACGAAAAUGUAGACACUAGUGGACAUGCUCCUAGUAACUAUCAUAUGAACUUAAUGUAUGGUCAAUUCAAAAAGAGCUUACUACAGCUGUCAAAAAAUACCGAAAGGAAAUAUAACAGCGACAUGAAUAAUCAGACAUAUUUAAAUUACUUAUCUGAUAAUGCUCAAACGUUUUACAAUUUAAACGAGUACAAUAAUUUACCAUAUAUGGAUGGGGGAGAAUGUAAAAAUAUAAGUAACAUGUACUAUGGAAAUAAUGAUCAAAAAAACAUAUUAAUGGAAAGUAUACUUCGGUUGCAGAGGAUGUACAAUAUUGAUGAAAAUAUGUACAGUAACAAAAUUCAGAGCUGUAUUGGUAAUAAUAUGGGUAACAAAAAUAUUUUCAGUUAUAGUAAUAAUAAUAAUGAGAAAAAAAAGAAGAAGAACACCAUUAGUAGUAAUGUAUAUAGUACUAGCGGCUUAAGUGCGAAAUUAGAUAAAAAUAUAAUGCAUGCAGAACUACAAAAAUUGCAAAAAGACAAUUAUGAUAUUCAUAAAAUGAAGAAAGGAAUGACUAAGGCUGACCUAAUUAGCAACCAUGUACAUUAUGAAGGUGGUAAAAAUUUUAAAUAUGAAAAUAACGAGGGCAUGGUAGUCAUUAAUAAAGGUAAUAGGAAAAAAGGCUAUUACUAUAAUGUAAGAAAAAACUUGCAACAAGUAGAUGGUAACCUUGAGCAGAGUGUAAAUGGUGUUGUGGGUUCAAGUAAAUAUAACAUGAAUUGGGGUAGAAAAAGGAAUAAUUUAAAAGGUAACAUUCACGGCAUUAGAAGUGUUAGCGGCAUUGGAGGUGUUAGCGGCAUUGGAGGUGUUAGCAGCAUUGGAGGUGUUAGCGGCAUUGGAGGUGUUAGCGGUAUUGGAGGUGUUAGCGGUAUUGGAGGUGUUAGCAGCAUUGGAGGUGUUAGCGGUAUUAGAAGUUAUAAUGGAAACUACAAUAAUAUGGAUGAAACCGAAGCGAACUAUCGCACGCCUGAAGUAAAUAAUAAUGCAAUGAAGAAUGACGGAAUGUAUUCACACCUUUACAAAGACAAGAACAGUGCAAAUUACAACUACACAGAUGUUCAGAACAAGUACUAUAACAAGGAUAACAACUUCCUGUUUUACAAUAUGCCAAAUGGAAAUAAAAACAAAAGGGAUGUAGGAGGAAAUGGCCCUAACGGAAAAUUCUUCAUAGGUGAAAAUAACCAUAACUUUGUAAAUAGGGGAAAAGAAAAUAUUCUUACAAAUAUAAAUGAUGAAAAAGAACAGACAAGAAAUUUUGAGGUUAAUCAUGAAAUACAUAAGUUUAUAGAUUAUUGUGUAAAAUAUUAUGGAAAUAAGUAUUUGAUGGAUGUUUUAAAUGAAUUUUCUUUAAAUAAUAUUAAUGAAAAUUUUGAUGAACUUAGCAAUAUUUUUAAAAUGAGUAUAAAUGAUGAAAAUUUGAAUACACUUGCAACAUUGCAAAAAGAUGAAAAAGAAAAUUUUCCUUUUUUAAGUGAUAAUAAUAAUAAUAAUAAUAAUGAGCAGUCCUUGGAAAAGGACAUCGAACAUAUCUUAGACGACUCCAGCAAAGUUAUAAUUGAAGAAUAUGACAAGUUUAAUAUGUUGAUAAGUGAAAACGUGGAAGGACGAUUAGCAGGAAGGGAAAUGAACGAACAAUCGAGUGAGAAGAAGGAGGGGCUGACUGAUAUUCAUGUUGAUAUAAAAGACGAUGCUCAAGCAGAUGUUCUGGUUGACAUUCAGGUCGAUGCUCAAGCCGAUGUACAGUCCUACGAGGGGAAAUUUCUUGAACAUAUCAUUGUCAAAGUAAAAGAGAAUGAAGAAGACUCUUCUAAAAAGCAAACACAUGAAGAGAAUACAAGUAACGUAUUUGAAGAGAGUCACAAAAUGAAUGUGACCAUACCACCUGGGUUAAGUUUGCCAGAUAUAAAUAGAGCUUUGCUACAUGGUGCUUAUUUGGACAAUAUAACUGUUGUGAAAAAGUGUCUAGAAAAAGAAGUUGAUGUUAACUAUUUUGAUAAAAUUGGAAGAAGAGCCUUACAUUAUGCAUGUGCAGGUGGUUAUUAUGAUAUUUGUGAAUUGUUAAUAAAAAAUGGAGCAAAAGUAAAUAUAUCUGAUUAUAAACAUUGGACUCCUUUACAUAUUGCAGUUACAAAAAUGCAUAAAGACAUAACAGAAUUAUUGUUAAAGAAUGGUGCUAACAUACAUGCAUUGUUACCUCAUUCCUUGUCACCUAAUAGAGGGAAAACUACGGCCAGUAUGUGUAUACAUUUUGCAGCCAUUAAAGGAAACAAAGAAAUAACGAAAAUGUUUCUUAAGUUUGGGGCAAAGAUCAAUGACACAGAUUUGUCGAAUAGAACUGCUCUUCAUUAUGCAUGUUAUAGAAAUAAUACAGAUUAUGUAAAAUUUUUAAUUUAUGAAGAAAAAGCAAAUAUUAAUAUUUUUGAUGUUCACAAUAGAUUACCUAUACAUGCAGCUUGUUUAGGUGGUGUUUUAGAAAAUGUAAAAAUUCUAGUAGAAAAUAGAAGUUUCGUUCAGAAAAAAGACAUUUAUAAUAUGAGCCCUUUGGAUAUAGCAAGAAUAAAGAAGUUUAAAUCUAUUAGAAAAUUCUUAACGAAAUAUAUCAAUGAAAAUUUUAAUCCGCAUGAUCUGGAUGUGAUUAACCCUGAGAGUGACUGCAGUGGUAAAGGGGGUGCUAAUGCAAAGGGUACAGAGAAUGCAGUAAAUGCAGUAAAUGCAGAUAAUGCAGUAAAUGCAGAGAGUGCAGUAAAUGCAGAUAAUCAAGUUGACAAGAAAGAGGAUGGUGGUAAAAUCUGUGUAGCGAUUGAAAAGGAGGAAAAACGGCAGGAUGAAAACACUCAAGGCGAACAUAAACAGAGUGAGCGCAAACCGAGCGAACGUAGUAUACUGGAGAAGACAACUAAAAAUGAAGAUGAUACAAUGGGAGGAAGUAAUGAAGAAAUAAACUGCGUGAAUGAUAAAAAUAUUGCAGUGGGAGACAGUGAUGAAAAUAAAAUGGAUCCGAAAGAGUUUUAUAAUGACAACAAAAUGAUUAAAGAUAUUUUGACAACAACUAUUAGCACAAUUUUGAAGGAACCAAAUAGAGAUCAAAUACGACGCGUUGUUGAUGCCUUAGGUGUAUAUAUUUCUUUAAGUUUAUUAGAAAAAACAAUUUUGAUUCAGAAUUACGGUGGUAUAAAUUUGGUUAAUAAACAAGGGAAAAGAAGCGAUGGAGGAGUUUUUUUCUAUUUAAUUAAAUAUAUGUAUAAGAAUGAUAUAAUUUCGAAAUUUAAAUAUGAUUAUAUUGUUGAAGAAGAAAAAGAAAAAAAAAAAACAUACAGAAAAUUAAAAAAGAAAUUAUUACAGGAGGAAGAAAAUAUAAAGCAUACUACUCUAAAUAGUAGUAAUAUUGAUAACGCGCAAGUUAAAGCGAUGUAUCAAACAUAUAACAAUGAAGGCACACAUUUAAAAUCGAUGUAUCACCUUGGUAGCAGUAAUAAUAUUUUACAAACAGGGAAAAAUAAAAAUUAUCCUUUUACAUAUGACAAAAAAAAAGAGUAUAACAACAAUCCUAAUGAGGAAAAAGUAUGUACUAUAAAAGGAAAAGAUCACAGCAGGAAAAAAAGCAAUUAUAAAAUUGUGAAAACAAGAAGAGAUCCUUUGAAAAACAUUUCAAAUAAUAAUAUUAACAGAGAUAAUAAAAUUUUUCAUCAAUUCGCAGAUUAUUCAGAAAGGAAUAAUAAAAUUGCCACUUCCAUUACUAACAAUAAAAAAGUGUUAAUAAAAGAUGGGAAAAAUACUUUAAACAGAACUAAUGGUAACUUUGCUUUUACCAGUUAUAAUUACCCCGUGAGAUAUAAUAAUAGUGAGCAUCAAAACAUUCCUUAUAGUAGUAGUAAAAAUAUGUUUACUGAUCAUCUUUUGAACAAUGCAAGAAAUAAUUUAAAAUUUUUUAAUAACCAAAAUAACUAUAUAUCAAAUGAUCCAACUGCAAAUGAAACGGAAAAUCAAAACAAAAAAGCUAGCAAAAAAAAAAAAAUAAAGAAAAAAAACAAUAUCACAUAUAUACACGCAUACACAAACACGCAUACAAACGCGCAUACAAACGCGCAUACAAACGCGAAUACAAACAUAAGCGCAAACCUUAAUGCUGAUAUAAAUCCGGGAAACACAAAAUGUUUCGAAAAAUGUAAUGCUGAAUCAGCAUAUGUAAAUUUAGUGAAAAGUGUUUAUGGCAAUUUUAAAAAUGUGCAUGAUGCACAAUACCAGAAGAAACAUUUAUACCAGCUGAAGAAAACUGUAAAUAAAAAUAAUGAAAAUUUUAAAUUUGACAACAAUUUUACCCAUUUUAACAAAGAAAUUAUGAACUAUCAGAAUAACUUAAUUUCAUAUAUUCAUAAUUUGCAAAAUAGCGCAUAUGAAUAUAUGGGAGGUGCAAAAAAUAAUAGCACCAAUUUUAUAAAUAGCCAAAAUAUGUAUUUAAUAAAUAAUUUAUGUAAAUUUUAUGGAAAUAAUUAUAAUCACAGGAACAAUGAGGAAUUGCUUUUAAACGAUUUGGACCAUAUGUAUUACAAUAGCUACCCGAAAAUUUAA